UUGGACUUUUUUAGUUGAAAAAUGUUGGUCUUGAUAAUGAUGAGUUCGGCUCUUCUGUCAAUAGGAUCCUGCAGGGCACUAGUAAUGACCAACGUGGACAAACCGGAGAUUAAAAUAAUUCCCGAUACAAUGGUCACCGAGGGCGACACUGGGACCCUGCAGUGUCACGUGACCAGCAAGACUCGACCAGUCAUACAGUGGUUUAAGAAGAUGGAGGAUGCAUUGUAUAUCCCCCCUUCUGCAUUUGACUUGAACGGUCAACUCUUUACCGUCCUGAAAUCAAAUAAUUAUCUUUAG